UUCGAGAAGAGAAGCACAGCUACUCUACUGAAGGACCCGGAUGGUGUGCAACAAUCCCCGGUUUGGUGUAGCUGAUUUCUCCCCAUUUAUCUGCUCAUCUUUUUGCCGCAAGAUGACCUCAGAAGAAAAAGCCAAUCAUUUAGAUUCAUCUGAUGAUGACUUGGAUGAAGACGAAGCAACCCAAUAUAUAAUAGAGCAAAGUUUAUUUGAAUAUCGAAAGCUGAAAGGAUUGAAUCCAAGUGAACUGAAAGUAAGUCAAGACCCUGAUGAGAUUUUCAAAGCAAUCAAGAAGGGUGAUGAGGAUGCACUUCAGCAACUAACAGCCCACCCAGAGAUUCUAUCUAGAGUUAAUGAACAUGGAUGGAUUCCUCUGCAUGAAGCUGCAGUGCAGGAGAGUAAACACAUACUUGAAAUCAUCUUUUCAGGUGCAUCUCCUUCAGGGACUGCCCAGUGCCGCACACUUAAGGGAGAGACACCAUUGUUUUUAGCUGUAGUUUACGGCCGCAGACAGAAUGCCACAUUUUUGUUACAGAAUGGAUGUAAUCCUAAUCUCCAGGACGAUGAGCAGGAUUCUCCUUUAGUGGCAGCUAUUCUUAAUGACCAAUAUGACCUGGCAACACUACUGCUUCGCUACAAUGCUCAAGUGGAUCAGAUAGGGCCUCUUAACAGGACGGCACUACAUGAGGCUACCUUUCUAGGCCUGGAGAAUUUUGCCUAUCUGCUUCUUGAGUCUGGUGCCAACCCGAAUGCAUGUGACACUAAAAGGAAAACUCCACUGGCUCUGGCUGCACAAAAUGGACAUCUUAGUGUGGUUGAGUUAUUGUUGCAGAAAGGUGCAAACGUGGAGUGUGAAUCAGAGUCUGGAACGGUCUUGUUUGACGCAGCAGCAUCAGGAAACCCUGACAUAAUCUCCUUGUUGCUGGAUCAUGGAGCGGAUGCUAACGUGCCUUUGCACAGUGGCCACCUGCCCAUUCACCGUGUGGCAUAUCAUGGACACAUACUGGCACUGCAGCACCUUAUCCCAGUGACCAAACCUUGCGCUAUAAAGGAGAGUGGCAUGAGUCCGCUUCACUCUGCAGCCGCUGGAGGGCACUCUCAUUGUGUGGAAUUGCUACUCAAAAAUGGCUUUGACCCAAACUUAAUGCUGCAUCCGAGAGUGCGAUGCAACUACGAUGAUGAACGCAAGUCUGCACUUUUUUUCGCCGUGUCCAACAAUGAUCUUCAAUCCACCCGUUUGCUUUUGGAGGCCGGGGCUAUGGUGAACCAGGACCCUAUCAGUUGUUUGCAGGUGGCUCUUAGACAUAGCAAUUAUGAGCUCAUCAAUACCUUGCUGAGAUUUGGGGCAAAUGUGAAUUACUACUCCAGAGUCAACACCACCCAUUUUCCCUCAGCACUGCAGUAUGCAAUAAACGAUGAGGUCAUGUUGAGAAUGAUUCUGAAUUAUGGCUACGAUGUGAAGCGUUGCUUUGACUGUCCCUAUGGUGACAGUUGCCACAACUUUGCUCCCUGGACAACACCAGUCAUCAAAGAUAUGGUGUUCUGUGAGGUGAUAACUGUGUCCUGGCUUAGGGACUUAUCUGCUCAGGUGGUGCGGAUCAUGCUCGACUACACCGAUCAUGUCUGCCUUUGUGCCAAGCUCGGAGAGGCUUUACAGAAGCAGACACAAUGGCUAGAGAUUUGCCACAUUCAAAGAAAUGCACGAAACUUAAAGCACCUGUGCCGGCUGCAGCUUCGGGAGCAUCUUCAUUGCCUAGGCUUGAGAGCUUCAAUUUUUAUCAACUUCCUCCCGCUUCCAACCACCCUGAAAGAUUACCUAUGUUACAAGGAGUUUGAUGUGUACAACAGGGGCAGCGUAGCUAUUUGAUAACAUACUAUACACGGUAUCAAAUCAUUUUGUAUUUCAGUUACAUUAUACUAUUGUAUUAAGCUGCAUGUAUUCAAAUUUCCAGUGAAAUUUGUAGAAAAACUAACUUGCAUUAAAAAACAUGGUCACAUACUCAAAACCUUGCAUAUCAUUGUGGCCCCUCCAGUAAAAAGGGAUCCGUCCACUCCUUUGCUUUGUUGACCGUGUUCUGGAACAGAUCUCAGAGGAAUUAGGACAACAAUUAAACUACACACUUGACCAAUUAAGUUUACGCGUUGCUCUGUGAAUGGGCAUUGACUGAUCGGGCCAACUGCAUGUAAAGACAUUAUCCUUGGACAUAAUUUUUUGCAUGAGUGGAUUCUGCGUUUAUAACCAAAAUAAGUUUGAACAAAACUACAAAACUAUAAUCCCUCUGUUUUUUUUUAAAUUCAUGUAAGAAAUCAAUUACGUACCACAUUGGACCGGUCCAAGGUUUCUUGUUGUAUCCGACUGGGUUGAGUUUUUUCUUGCCCUGAUGUGGGAUCGGAGCCGAGGAUGUCGUUGUGGCUUGUGCAGCCAUUUGAGACACUUGUGAUUAAGGGCUAUAUAAAUAAACUUUGAUUGAUUGAUUGAUUGUUUAAUUAUACAGGUAGGCAUUUAGUAGUUAAGCCAUUCAUAUUCUUUUUCUGUAAAGUUCAGCUCGGGCCUAUCCCAGCUGACUUUGGGCAAGAAUAGGGGUAUACCCUGGACUGGUCACAAGUCAAUAGCAAGGCAUAUCUGAUCUGCAGAGUUCAGGCACAAAAAACGAUAAAUGCCAAAUUCCAGUUUUGUAAUAAAUGUGCAUUUUUAAAUUUAGACUAUUAUUUUGAUUGUUAGAAACAAAUCAAUGACAACCCGCAUCAGCGGGAUGGCUGUUUUAUGAAAAGUUUCACAAAAAAACAUUUACUCAAAACAAGAAAAAUUGAGAUGUCUGUUUUUGUGUCUGAACUCAAGGAGUCAAACUGAUGUAAAUGAAAACGCAACCAACAAAUAUAUUUUUUGAGUUGCUAUAUAGGGCGGCGUGGCGAAGUUGGUAGAGUGGCUGUGCCAGCAAUCGAAGCUUUGCUGGUUACUGGGGUUCAAUCCUCACCUUCUACCAUCCUAGUCACGUCCGUUGUGUCCUUGGGCAAGACACUUCACCCUUGCUCCUGAUGGCUGCUGGUUAGCGCUUUGCAUGGCAGCUCCCGCCAUCAGUGUGUGAAUGUGUGUGUGAAUGGGUGAAUGUGGAAAUACUGUCAAAGCGCUUUGAGUACCUUGAAGGUAGAAAAGCGCUAUACAAGUAUAACCCAUUUAGCAUUUAUUUAUCUAUAUGGUUUUUCGAACCUUU